AUGAUCAGCCCAGCCUGGAGCAUCUUCCUCAUUGGGACUAAAAUUGGGCUGAUCCUUCAGAUGGCACCUCUUUCAGUUAUGGCUAAAUCCUGCCCAACCACGUGCCGCUGUGAUGCAGGUUUCAUUUACUGUAACGAUCGCUCUCUGACAUCCAUUCCAAUAGGAAUACCAGAGGAUGCUACAACUCUCUACCUGCAGAACAACCAAAUAAAUAAUGCUGGGAUUCCUUCAGAUUUGAAAAAGUUGCAGAAAGUAGAAAGAAUAUACCUAUACCGCAACAGUUUGGAUGAAUUUCCUACCAACCUACCAAAGUACGUAAAAGAAUUACAUUUGCAAGAAAAUAACAUAAGGACCAUCACUUAUGACUCACUUUCUAAAAUUCCCUAUCUGGAAGAAUUGCAUUUAGAUGAUAACUCCGUCUCUGCUGUGAGCAUCGAAGAGGGGGCAUUCCGAGACAGUAACUAUCUCCGACUGCUUUUUCUGUCCCGUAAUCACCUUAGCACAAUCCCCUGGGGUUUGCCCAGGACGAUAGAAGAACUACGCUUGGAUGAUAAUCGCAUAUCCACCAUCUCAUCACCAUCUCUUCAAGGUCUCACCAGCCUAAAACGCCUGGUUUUGGAUGGAAACCUGUUGAACAACCAUGGCUUAGGUGAUAAAGUGUUCUUCAACCUAGUCAACUUAACAGAACUGUCACUGGUGCGGAAUUCCCUGACCGCUGCGCCAGUAAACCUUCCAGGUUCCAACCUGAGGAGGCUUUACCUUCAAGAUAACCACAUCAACCGGGUGCCCCCGAAUGCUUUCUCUUAUCUAAGGCAGCUGUAUCGACUUGAUAUGUCCAACAAUAACCUAAGUAAUUUACCUCAGGGUAUCUUUGAUGACUUGGACAACAUAACCCAACUGAUUCUUCGCAACAACCCGUGGUACUGUGGGUGCAAGAUGAAAUGGGUACGGGACUGGUUACAGUCACUGCCUGUGAAGGUCAAUGUGCGCGGGCUCAUGUGUCAAGCCCCAGAAAAAGUGCGGGGGAUGGCUAUCAAGGACCUCAACGCAGAACUGUUUGAUUGUAAGGACCGUGCAGUUGCGAGCACCGUUCAGGUAACCACGGCAAUACCCAACACGGUGUAUCCGGCCCAAGGACAGUGGCCUGCUCCAGUGACCAAACAACCCGACAUGAAGAGCCCCAAGCUCAUUAAGGAUCAACGAACCACGGGGAGUCCAGCGAGAAAGACCAUUGUAAUUACUGUGAAAGCUGUCACCGCUGACACAAUUCAUAUCUCUUGGAAACUUGUCCUCCCUAUGACGGCUUUGAGACUCAGCUGGCUCAAACUGGGCCACAGCCCAGCGUUUGGAUCUAUAACGGAAACCAUUGUAACAGGGGAACGCAGUGAAUACCUGGUCACGGCCCUGGAGCCGGAUUCACCCUAUCGCGUCUGCCUGGUUCCCAUGGAAACCAGUAACCUCUACCUGUUUGAUGAAACUCCUGUUUGUAUUGAGACUGAAACUGCACCCCUUCGAAUGUACAACCCUACGACCACCCUGAAUCGAGAGCAAGAGAAAGAACCUUACAAAAACCCCAGUUGGCCACUGGCUGCCAUUAUUGGUGGGGCUGUGGCCCUGGUGACCAUUGCCCUUCUUGCUUUAGUGUGCUGGUAUGUUCAUAGGAACGGGUCGCUCUUCUCAAGGAACUGUGCAUACAGCAAAGGGAGGCGAAGAAAGGAUGACUAUGCGGAAGCUGGCACUAAGAAGGACAACUCCAUCCUGGAAAUCAGGGAGACUUCUUUUCAAAUGUUACCAAUAAGCAAUGAACAGAUCUCAAAGGAGGAAUUUGUAAUACAUACCAUAUUUCCUCCCAAUGGAAUGAAUCUGUACAAAAACAAUCACAGUGAAAGCAGUAGUAACCGAAGCUACAGAGACAGUGGUAUCCCAGACUCAGACCACUCACACUCAUGA